AUGAGGCUCUCGGAUCGAGGUGCUGCUGCCAGCCAAAGACUGCUGAUUCCCGCAGUUUUCCCUCUUCUAGCCGCCUCCGUUCUAGUCGUUUGUGGUCUCUUCAGAGUUUUGCUGCCAACCGAGGCACGUGUUCUAUUGUUCUCGCCGAAUCGUGGCCAGUGGCAGAGCGGAUCUACUAAAACGGAACCUUCUUCCAACGCCCCCAGUAACGGCAACGGCAGCGAUAUCAGUGUUAUUGUUGAAACUACACUAAAUUCUAGUGCCAGUAUGCGGCCGGAACCGUCAGAUCUCGAACGGUCGUCGGGUGAUGUUUUGGUGGUGGUGGCUCAGCAGCAGUCGCCGACAAGCAUUGAGACAUAUCAAAGCGAAUUUAGAGAUUUUGUGAAAUUAUUCCUUACCAAGGAGAAGGUCGACGACGACGACGGCGAGGCCAGCCAAAGCAGAGUUCAGUUUCGUUACUGGAAAGAUAUGGUCAGUUUCGACCGGUGGCUGUCGGACCCGUUCGUCUCAACGGUGCUCUACACGGCUCCGUACGACGGAAAUGACAGUUUCAUCGGAUACUGUGACAGCUUAUCGACACACUUGUCCGGGCUGUACCGGAAGACGGUACUCUUCUGGCCUUGUCCUCGGAUGAAGCAAACGGAAAAGUUCAUUCCGUCCUUUGAGACGGUUUCGUUCGCCGUCAAAAGUAUCUCGCAACAAUUUAAUUGGACCGAAGCAGUGCUGUUCACCACAGAUACCAACUGGGCGCUGCCGCUGGCGCUGGCCGCCAACCUGCACAUUCCGUAUCGAAUCAUCGCGGAUGCUGGCGAAAUUGCGUUCACCAAACUACGGCAACGGGACACAAGUGGAAGCGUGAUAAUCGUCUGCUCGUCUAUCAACUCCCCGCAAACAAUUAACGCAAUCAAUCAACUGCGGAGCCUGCGGAAGACGAAGAUGCUUCUGCUCGAUACAGUCGGGACCAUCUACGACAGCAACAACCGGCUCUACCGGGGCAUCCUGCGGGACGGGACCCUUGACGGAACGGAACUGGGUCGUAAUCUGCUAGUGCUGACAAUCCUGACCGACCAUUUCAAGCAGGUUCUGCUGCGGAUUCACGGCGUUGACCUAAGCGACUAUCGGCACAUCAACGAGCGCUUGUUGAAAAUUCGACUAGAUGACAACGUCGCCGCGUCGGAUAAUGAUGAGGCUGGUGCUUUCGAAAGCGCUUCUUGGGACGGGAAUCGCACCACCGCCGGUGGCGGCGACGAGUGGCUGCUGUCGGAGGAAAAUCGUCCACGUCAUGACAAGGCAAAGUUUGAAUAUCUGCUGAACUCGACCAGCCUGACCUCAUCGGAUUGCGAUUUUAAUUACCUUCUAACAGACACUAAUAGCUUGCACGAUGAGCUGCAGAAUUUAGCCUCGGACCGGCUACGAUGUCAAGCAUUGCUUGAGAGUUAUUGUGAUUUUGAAGAUAUCGAAAACUCAAAUUAUCUUAAUUUAUCCGUGUGGAAUAGCAGUAGUGACUAUAUUAACGCCAGUGUAGUAUUAAAUAACAGUGUCAACCUCGAGCGUAAAAUGCGAAAGGAUACUCGCAGCAGAGAAAUAGAAAGAUUUUGUUCAUUGCUAAACCUCAAUCAAAACCAAUUGGUGCUACCAGACAAUCAAAACCUAAACGUCGAUCGAGUUGAGGCUAGCUUAACGUUAUCCAGUAAACGGUUAAUUUUUAGUGAACAUUUUUACCUCUACGACUACAUCCUAGCAAUAGUGCACGAUCAAACCCAUCGGCAACCACACCGCCGUCAACGAACGUUUCAAUUUGAUUUCAUAGUGUUCGAUUUGAAAAAUAUCUCCAAUCACCGAACUACGAUAGUGUGGCGCCCAUUUCUGAUCCUCCGCCAGGAUCAGCUAAACCGGCAAAUGUUCAGCAUGCAUCCGGUACAGCCCGGGUACAGCGAUUGGAUCAUCGAAACUACGAUCGAGUCGAUCUGGAUUUGCGGGCUGCUUUGCUGGAGCGCAAUCGCCAUUACGAUUUUCCUGAUCGUUUCGAUCGUCUUUGGAAGUGUCGUCUUUAGCAUCGCUGUGAGGAAUUAUCUGCUCAAGAAUCGCCUUUCCAAGGGACCGAACAAGAUCGUUCUGUCACCGUCGGAUUUCGUGUUUCCGGUCGACAUGCGAAGGGUUGACGAGGGUAUCGAGGCCAUGCUGUGCUGCUGGUUGCAGCAAAUCCAGGAGUUCGGUGGACCAGAAGUGGAAAAACCGGACCUGCUGAAGGGAUCGAUCGGUUCGCUAAAGAAUCUCGGCCUUCCGGUGCCACCCAAGACCAACUCCGGUAGCGAUACCUUGGUCCGUCACAAUACUGCCAGCGCCAGUGGAGCCGCCCUGGAGUUUAAAGCCCGCUACAAUGGUGAUUUAGUGCAGCUGAAGGAAAUUCCAGCCAGUUCCGGUUCAUCCCAGGAGCUAAAGAAUAAAGCAAUGGAUCUGCUAGUUAUAGCACACGGGCUACGGCACGAGAAUAUUAAUCCACUAAUAGGGUGGCUGAACGAGCCGACCCGCACCGCUCUGGUGUACGAGCACUGUUCGCGCGGUUCGCUGCAGGAUGUACUCGUUAUGGAUGAAAUCAAACUGGACUGGUCCUUUCGACUAAGCCUGCUAACGGAUUUGGUGCGAGGGAUGCGUUACCUUCACGGGUCGCCAAUCCGGGUGCACGGAUCGCUGUCGUCCCGCAACUGCGUAGUGGACGCUCGGUGGGUGCUGAAAAUUACCGACUACGGUAUGCCCAGCUUCUACGAUGCGCAGGGUAUUACGCCUCCACCCAAAAGUGCCAAAGAUUUGCUCUGGACCGCACCGGAAGCUUUACGAGGCACCAAAGGCUAUCCUAAGUACGGUUCACAGGCCGCCGAUGUGUACGCCUUCGGAAUCAUCAUGCAGGAGGUGGUGGUACGGGGUGAGCCGUACUGCAUGCUGUCACUUUCGCCCGAGGAAAUUAUAGCGAAAAUCAAAAAACCGCCUCCACUCAUACGUCCGUCCGUGUCGAAGGGUGCUGCCCCGCCAGAAGCAAUCAACAUUAUGCGACAGUGCUGGGCAGAAAGUCCCGAAAUGAGACCGGAUUUCGUAACGAUUUGCGAACGUUUUAAGCAAUUAAACCACGGAAGAAAAGUUAACUUUGUAGAUACAAUGUUCCAAAUGCUGGAAAAGUACUCCAACAACCUAGAGGAACUGAUACGGGAACGAACCGAACAGCUCGACAUGGAACGCAAAAAGACUGAACAACUAUUGAAUAGAAUGCUGCCUAGUUCCGUGGCAGAUCGACUGAAACUGGGACUCGCCGUUGAGCCGGAGGAGUUUUCCGAAGUCACUAUCUACUUCAGCGACAUCGUCGGAUUCACAACAAUCGCCGCCCACUGCACACCGGUUCAGGUGGUGGACCUCCUGAAUGACCUAUAUACCUGCUUCGACGCUACGAUUAAUGCCUAUAAUGUGUAUAAAGUGGAAACUAUCGGUGAUGCGUACAUGGUUGUCGGUGGACUGCCCGUCCGGACUCCGGACCAUGCCGAACAGAUCGCCACAAUGGCCCUGGACUUGUUGCACCAGAGCGGCAACUUCAAGGUACGCCAUCUGCCGGGCGUUCCACUGCAGCUGAGGAUAGGAUUGCACACAGGUCCAUGCUGUGCCGGUGUCGUCGGACUGACAAUGCCCCGAUACUGUCUGUUUGGCGACACAGUUAACACGGCUUCCCGCAUGGAAUCAACAGGCUCCUCGUGGCGCAUCCACAUGUCCCAGCAGACGUGCGAUUUACUGGAACAAGCCGGCGGGUAUGUAAUCGAACCCCGUGGACCGAUCGAGAUCAAAGGAAAGGGCAAAAUGCACACCUACUGGCUGCUGGGGAAGAAGGGCUUCGACAAGGUGCUACCACCGCCACCGCCAAUCGGGGAAUCACACGGACUUGACGUAGCCAUUUUGCGCAAAUCGUUAUUUCAAUCCGAACAGAACAAUCUGCAACAGUUGAACGAUUCCACCGCGAACCAUUCGUCCAGUCACUCACCGUCGGUAGCAGGCGAAUCGAUAGACGUUAAGGUAGAAAUUACGCCACCGACAGGAAUCGAGAAUCCAACACUAGCGCCGUCGAUUUCGAUAGAUUCCAACUCCAGUGGUACCAACAACUGCACCCUGAAUCUGUCCGAAUUGCAAAUAAAGACACCGCAACCAAGUCCACACGGUCGCAAGUUGGCGGAAAUGGUUCCGGAAAACGCAUUUCUCAGUGCAAACUCUAGCUUUAAUCGCCUGAAUCCGGCCUCUCCGGGAACGGCUUCCUCGCGGUUGUUCAAACGCAUCGAAGAACUGAUCGAUCUGAGUUCACCGUACAACUACUACCGAUGCUUGAGUCCUAGCGAAAGCAAUCUUUCACAAUGUGUUGUGGACAAUCGAUACCAUGGUUAUCAAAUUAAUCGCAUGGACUGUCCCAGUAAGCCUGGUUCAACGAGGUUUCUUCGAAGGCAGUUUAGUUUAGACAAAGAUGAUGUAAGUCCGUCGAUGACGACCAGUCAAAAAGCAACUUUGGAUACUAUUUCUUCGAUUUCCAUUGAUCGCGAGCAAUUAGCACGAAUGGGAACACUUUCGUCCAUCCCUUCGAUCAGUUCUGCAACAUCAGUUUCGCUCUCCUCCAAGCAGCAGCGCGGCAUCCACAAACAGCAGUCCGCCAGUGUUGCUCAAGAUUUGGAGAAAAUCGAGGAAAUUCCCAUAUCGCCUCAGUCCUCGUUUCUGGUAAAUCAUAACACCAACAGCAAUAGUACCUCCAGUCUGCAGUCGGAAGUAAACGACAAGACUAGAGCACGUUCCACGGAACGUGCGGCACAGAAUGGUAAAGAACUACGCCUCAGCAUUGAUGCCCUGGGAUUACGGUGA